ACACACACGUCACUAUUUACCGACGCACGUUGCUGGUUAGUUUUUAGCAAUUAGCUUUGAGCAGUGACAUUUACACGUCUUCUCAUGGCGAAUGGAUACAAAGACACGUUGUUUUCUCGUGGAGGUGGACAGAGUGAUGAUUCUGAUAUAUGGGAUGACACAGCAUUGAUAAAGGCUUAUGACAAGGCAGUCACAUCAUUCAAGACUGCCCUUAAGGGUGAUGAAGAGCCAGAAGCCUCCAAGAAAAACCUACCUGGAAAAAAACGCAAGAACAACAAGAAGAACCAGAGCAGGAAAAGAGUCAAUGCAGAUAAAGAGUGGCAGGUUGGGGACUCUUGCAAUGCGUACUGGUCUGAGGACGGCCAGCUCUACGCAGCCAACAUCUCCUCCAUAGACGAGGAUAAGGGCACUUGUAUAGUUGUUUUUACAGGAUAUGGCAACGAGGAGGAGCAAAACCUUGAAGACUUGCUUUCAGAGAUUUCCGAGGCUGAUGAGGAAACAAAUGUCGAGGUAAAGGAGACGGAAACGUCAACAGAGGAGAGUGACCGGUCAGCCACACCCAACCAACACAAACAGCAGCACAGUAAACCACAGAAGUCCAAGGGCAACAGACAACCCCCUCCUAUGUGGGUUCCUGGUUUCCCUGGGUUACCUCCUGGGUUUCCUCCUGGGCCGCCCCCCAUGCAUGCUUUCAGACAGGGUGGAAGCAGAAGAUCCGGUGGUCACGGGCCUGCACCUCCUUCCUGGCCUCCCAUGAUGCCUUGUGGUCCUCCAAUGAUCCCCCCCCCUCCUCCCAUGAGCCCUGACAUGGUGGAUGACGAGGCUCUGGGCAGCGUGCUGAUCUCCUGGUACAUGAGUGGAUAUCACACUGGAUACUACUUGGGGUUGAAACAAGGACGCAAAGAAGCUGCCAAUUGGACCAAACUGCACCACAAAUGAUUCGUCUCCACAUCUCAUAGUUUCUCAGCCACCCUCCCUUUUGUGCCUAAUGUGUAUUUUUUUGUUGUUACAAUUCAAUGAUUUGAAGGAAGUGUACGUGCUGUGAACACCAGUUCAUCGCAGCUCCAGGAGGAGAGUUUUGUAUUCUUUGUAAAUAGAUUAAAUAAAUAAAGGCUAUCUGAGCACAGUUGAUAACG